AUGAGGUACGACGGGACGAAGGACCCUCAGGAACAUCUGGCAGCCUUUGAGGCCAGGAUGAACCUAGAAGUUGUUGGUGACGCGGUCCAAUGUCGAGCUUUCCCUAUAACGAUGGUAGGCCCAGCGAUAUGGUGGUUUAACGCGCUUCUGCAAGAGUCCAUUACGGCCUUGGCGGAUAUAUCUUGCAGUUUUUUAGCACAGUUCACCACACGCAUCGCCAAGGCUAAACACCCGAUCAACCUAUUGGGUAUCAACCAGAAAGCUGUGGAGCCAACCAGGAAGUUUUUGGAUAGAUUCAAUGACGAGUGUCUGGAAAUCGACGGUCUGACCGAUUCAGUGGAGAUCCAGAAUGUGGCGAGAGAAUAUAUCAAUGAUGAGGAAGUUAGCCAAGUGGUGGCAACCAAUAAGCAGCAGUCGACCAACCUACCUCGCCGCCAACCAGUAUAUGCAGACAAACCAAGAGAGAUACCAAAGGAAGGGGCAUCAGAGAAGCAGUCCAAGCCGUUUUCUUGGCUGGGGAAGUUCACGAACUAUACCCACCUCAUGGCUCCUAUAGUGGAGGUUUAUCAACAAAUAGCGGAUAAGGGCAUCCUAUCAAAACCUCGACAACUGAAUGACGGGACAGGUGGCAACAAGAGCUUGUACUGUGACUAUCACGAAGGAUUUAGUCACAAGACUCGGACUGUGUUGACCUAA